AAAUACAGCAACAUUUGUGGGUCAUUAUUGAAAUCUCUAGUCGAGUGCUACAAAUAUUAUGAUUAUGGAUAUCACUGCUCUAGCCCAGAUGUUAUUUCGUGUUGAAUUUCGGAGACUUCUGUUAAUUAUUGGUACAUUAGUUGCUACUAUAAUUGUUUCUCAGUGCUUUGCUUUAACUUUUCCAUAUGGGAAAACGUUUUACUUUCUAUCUGCUAGUAAGGAUUCAACUACUAUGAUGAUUGCCAAUGCUGGUAGUUCAAAUAAUUCAAAACAAAGUAAUAAAGUUUUCGGUGUUCAAGUGGUGGCUAAUUCUUCCGAUGCUUUGAAUUCGGAAGGUGAAAUCGGAUAUGAAAAUGAAAUAGUGGAUGAUGAGGACACUGAGUAUGAAUUAGCACCAGAAGUUGACAACAAUUCAAACAAGAAGUUUGUGUUAAAGAAGGGUAUUAUAGACCUCGAUGUUAGAUUUGAAAUCGAAUCUGAUAUAGUUAGAGGAAAUGUUUCUACUCUGGGCAAUAGAAUGGAUGAGAAAUAUGAGAAAGACACCUCCUUUACAACAAAUCCAAGAACAAAUUCUAGCGAAGAUAGGAAACGAGUUGGUAGUGUGUCAGGAAUCUUUGUAGAGGGCAUAAGAAACUUGAGUGUAGGCGGUUUGGAGAAAAAUGUCGAGCAAACUAUGAAAACACAACCCAAGGAGGGGAAGACCGAGUUGGUAAUACCGAAUUCUGAGGACUCAACAAUAGCCAGUACGCUCAUGCCAAAGAGGUGGGACAAGAAACCAACAACAAUAUCUCAAAUGAACACGCUGCUGCUUCGGAGCCCUCUUUCUACUCAUUCGACGAGGCCUAGAUGGUCUUCUGUUCGUGACCGUGAACUCCUAUCUGCUAAGCUGGAGAUUGAGAAUGCUCCUAUAAUAAGAAACAGUCCAGAGCUUAGUGCUUUUGUUUUCCGAAACGUUUCCAAAUUUAAAAGGAGUUAUGAAUUGAUGGAACGGAUGCUCAAAGUUUAUAUCUACAGGGAAGGAGAAAAGCCUGUAUUCCAUCAGCCUUACAUGAGGGGAAUUUAUGCCUCAGAAGGUUGGUUUAUGAAACUGAUGGAGGCAAAUAAAAAAUUUGUCGUCCGGGAUCCUAGGAAGGCUCAUUUAUUCUAUUUGCCCUUCAGCUCAAAACUGCUGAGGACAACAUUUGAAAAUUCCAAGGGAAAGAAGGACUUUGAGAAAUAUCUAAAGAGCUAUGUGGGAUUGAUCUCUAGAAAAUAUCGUUUUUGGAACAGAACAGAAGGAGCAGAUCACUUUCUUGUUGCUUGUCACGACUGGGCCUCCUUCAUUACAAGGACGAGUAUGAAGAAUUGCAUACGGGCUCUUUGCAAUGCCAAUGUUGGUAGAGGCUUUGUAAUUGGCAAGGACACUAGUCUACCUGUUACUUAUGUGCGCUCAUCAGAAGACCCUCUGAAAGACGUUGGAGGGAAACCUGCUUCGGAAAGAUCUAUCUUGGCCUUCUUUGCAGGGGGAAUGCACGGCUAUCUCCGACCAAUUCUGCUGCACUACUGGGAGAACAAAGAGUCAGACAUGAAAAUCUUUGGCCCGAUGCCCCGUGAUAUCGAAGGCAAAAGGACGUACAGGGAGUACAUGAAGAGCAGCAAGUAUUGCAUAUGUGCCAAAGGUUAUGAGGUUCACACCCCUAGAGUUGUUGAGGCCAUCUUUUACGAGUGUGUGCCGGUCAUUAUAUCAGAUAACUAUGUGCCUCCUCUCUUUGAGGUGCUCAACUGGGAGGCAUUUUCGGUCUUUGUUCAAGAGAAAGAUAUUCAUAAUUUGAGGAAUAUUCUGCUCUCAAUACCUAAGGAGAAGUAUGAGGGAUUGCAGUUAGGAGUUAGGAUGGUCCAAAAGCAUUUCUUUUGGCACAAAGAGCCUGUGAAAUAUGACUUAUUUCACAUGAUACUUCACUCAGUUUGGAACAACAAACUUCUUCAAGUGAAAACUUAAUGAAGACGCUAGAGCUUGAGGUUCUUUCAAUGGAAAAUACGACAUGCGAUUGCGAGCUGCGCAGCUGGUGUAAAAAUCCGAAAGCAUAGGGGUCAAACCAAUUCUGCUGAUGUUUCAAUGCCAUUUGUAAUUGAAACAAAGCCGGGUUCUGAAUGCACUUCUGGUUGGCGCUGUAUUUCAACAUUUUGGCAUGCACGUAAAUGGUGUGAGCCAAGAAGGGUAUUGAUCCUACUGAACCUAGGACUUUGCUCUUUGGUCAUUUUUGCAUGAGUCAUAAAAUGGGUGAACUAUAAGAUAUGCACCAGAAAAACAAUGGCAUUGUAGCUUUCUACCCAAGAAAAGAAAAAAAAAUGGUGUGAAAUCCAGAUUUGGAAAUUGAUUUAGCUAGUAGUUUUUCCCAUAAAAGUGAUGGACUCAUAAUCCCUACAAGAGAACUUGCUUCUCUGAAGACUCAUCCAUGAUUCAUGAUAUUUUUUAGUUGUUUCAUCCUCAAA